AUGUGGGGUCCCCUGGCCUGUGCCGCGCGAGCCCCCGGGUUCCUGAGCACGCUGGGUCAGCCCUCCCCCCGGCACGCGCGCCGCGAGCCCCCCUUUCUGCCCACGCGGCGCGGGGCGAACACCCCCUUCUUAAGCACGCGGGUCCCCGCCACCCGCGGCGCGAGCCUCCCUUCUUUCGCACGUGGGGACCCCUGGCACGCGCGGCGCGAGCCCCCACUUUCUGUGCAUGCGCCACAGCACGAGCCCCCGGGUUCCUGA